CAAGGCCGAGGAGGAGCAAACGGAAAUGGCCCACCACCAGCAGCAGCAGCAGCAGCUAGGAGUGGAGAAAAAGCACCGUGACGAAGAAGAGGACGAAGAGGAAGAGAAAAAGAAACAGGAAAGGGUAAAGAGGAAGGCAGAAGAGCAGCAGCAGCAGCAGCAGCAGGAAAAGGAAGAGAAGAAGGAGAAAGAGGAAAAGCAAAAACGGGAGCGACCGGUGGUGGUGAUGGUGGUGGUACCCUCCCCCCCCGGGGCGCCCCUGCUGCGACGCUCGCGGAAGGAAAAAGACGAAGACGAAGCGGAAAAGGAUACGCAGGAAGAGGAGGGCGAAGAGGAGGCGGCGGUGCGCAACAUAACGAUCCGCGAGGAACCACGGGUACCGGGCAGCGAGACCAACGGCACUUUGCCCCACCGGUCCAAAAAUCGGGUACCACCCACACCACCCACACCCACACCAUCAGCAACCGGGACCGUCGUCCGUUGCUCCGUCAUCCAGCGGACACCGACGGUACCGAAGCUAACACCAGCACCGGUUCCGGUUCCGGUUCCGGUUCCCACCCCAUCGUCCGGUGGUGUGCCACCCGAGGAGCAGCAGCAGCAGCAGCAGCACAGUAUCGAUGCCACACCACGGGCGGUCGAUCUCAAGGUACGGCCCCCGGUGGUACUGCUCGCGGAACCGGAACAGGACCAACCGAUCGACUACCACAUACCGAAGCGACCAAUCAGCAGCAGCGGCACCACGGUGCCCGGUGGGGACGAGGGACGGAGCGCGGAAGAGUGCGAACCGGGGCGGAUGGAGCGCCGCCCAGCCCCGGGGCCGGGGCCCACCCACCUGCUGCAGGCCCACCACCUUCAGCCAACGUUCCGUAAGGCGGCGGCGGCGGCGGCGGCGGCAGCGAGGGCGGCAGCGGCGGCCGCCGUCCUCAGUGGUAUCAUGCAGGGGGCGGCCGGUCACGGUCGCUCCUCGAACAAUGGUGGUGGUGGAGGGGGUGGCGGAGGAGGCACAAACCAAUCCGGUGGCACCGGUGCCGGUUCCUCUUCCAGUGGUGGAGGAGGAGGUGGUGGUGGCGGUGGUCUUCACUUUUCCUCUGGCGGCGGCAGUGGUGGAGGGGGAGGACUCGGUGGUACAUUCGGUGGUGGUGGUACCGGUGGUGGUGGUGGUAUGGGUGGUGGGCGUGAUGGACGCUCCAAUUACGGUCCCAACAGCCCCCCGACCGGCUCCCUGCCCCCGUUCUACGAAAGCCUGAAGGGUGGUGGCGCCGGAGGAGGGGGUACGAUGAACGGGUACAACGCGAACGGUGGCUACCUGACGAACAGUGCGAACGCGACCAGCUACCAGCAGCUACUCAACACGCUCGAGUGUGAGGCGGCCGCCCAAGAGCUGGGUGGUGGCGGCGGCACAGCUGGCCUGCUCGGGCUGGGUUCGGGGUUCCCGGGGUACGGACCGACCGCCAACGAUGGUGGUGGCCCCGGCGGUGCUGGGAAUGGUACCGCCGCCGCGAUCGGAAGCGAUGCCGAGUCAGCAGCGGCGGCGGCGGCGGCAGCGGCAGUGGCAGCGGCAGCGGCAAUGGGCAAACACUGUCACCAUCUGAUGCUCCAGAGCCCGUUCGCGAUAGCGCUGAAGGAUGAGCUGGAUCUCGGGUACGACACCAAGGCCGACAUGUGGGCCCUGACGACGACGACGACGACGGCGGCCGGCGCUGGUGCGCGCAGUGGCUCGAGCGGGGGCGCUGGCGCUGGUGGUGGUGGGCCCGGUUCGAAUGGCAGCUCGGCCGGUGCGGACGGUGCCGCUGUGAACGGUGAUGGGUACGAUGUGAGUGACGCCAUGAUCGAUAUGGGCGACACGAUGCAGCUACCACCGUACGGGGCAUCCUCCGGGGCCGGUAGCCCGACCGUCCUGCUCGAGGGGCUCAGCGAUGCCGACUUUUCCCUGUACUCGGGCGCGAUCGGACGGGACGAGCAGUCGAGCAACGAUCUGGAGCUCACGUCAACGCCGUCCCUCACGCCGGACUCGGUCGGGACGUCGCUCCACCCGAUCGACACGAACGGGCACGAUGGGCUAGCGGAGACCGCCGUCGGUUACCCGUCCGCUGCCGGUGAUCCGCAGGCCCACCACGGUCACCAUCUGGCCCCGUUGCCCCGCGAGUACGCAACGAUGGUGGCGGCCGCCGCAUUCGGUGGUCAGCAUCACACGCUUGGGAACCAGCAGCAGCAGCAGCAACAACAUCAGCAGCAGCAGCACGGGCAGCAGCAGCACGGGCAGCAGCAUGUGAUACGGGGCGACAACAGCAACCAACCACCAGCACCACCACCACCGAGCUACCUGCAGGCGGGGCUCGGCGGCACCGGUACCGUAUCCGGCUAUCCCUCCUACCAUGCGCUCCUGCGCUACGAUCAGCUCGACACCCACAGCAACCUCUCGCUGCCCUCAUCGAACGGUGGUUCGUCGCUCGACGUCGAUCUCCAGCAGAGUCUGCAGCCGGUGCUCCAGCAUCUGCAU